CACGGCGCAGCCACCAUGGGGGCCCAGUUGAGCACGCUGGGCCGCACAGUGCUGUCCCCAGUCUGGUUCCUCUACAGCCUGCUUAUGAAGUUGUUCCAGCGCUCCACCCCGGCCAUCACCCUUGAGAGCCCGGACAUCAAGUACCCGCUGCGGCUUGUCGACAAGGAGAACGUCAGUCAUGACACCCGGAGGUUCCGCUUUGCGCUGCCAUCGCCCCAGCACAUCCUGGGCCUGCCCAUCGGCCAGCACAUCUACCUCUCGGCACGAAUCGACGGCAACCUGGUUGUCCGGCCCUACACGCCCGUCUCCAGCGAUGAUGACAAGGGCUUUGUGGACCUGGUCAUCAAGGUUUAUUUCAAAGACACUCAUCCCAAGUUCCCUGCUGGAGGGAAGAUGUCCCAGUACCUGGAGAACAUGAAGAUUGGGGACACCAUUGAGUUCCGGGGCCCAAAUGGGCUGCUGGUCUACCAGGGCAAAGGAAAGUUUGCCAUCCGUCCAGACAAGAAAUCCAGUCCCGUUGUCACGACAGUGAAGUCUGUCGGCAUGAUUGCGGGAGGAACAGGCAUCACCCCAAUGCUGCAGGUGAUCCGUGCCAUCAUGAAGGACCCAGACGACCACACCGUGUGCCACCUGCUCUUUGCCAACCAGACUGAGAAGGACAUCCUGCUACGGCCUGAGCUGGAGGAACUGAGGAACGAACAUUCCGCUCGUUUCAAGCUCUGGUACACGUUGGACCGGGCCCCAGAAGGCUGGGACUACAGCCAGGGCUUCGUGAAUGAGGAGAUGAUCCGAGACCACCUUCCGCCCCCGGAGGAGGAGCCGCUGGUGCUGAUGUGCGGGCCGCCCCCCAUGAUCCAGUAUGCCUGCCUGCCCAACCUGGGCCGCGUGGGCCACCCCAAGGAACGCUGCUUUGCCUUCUGAUGGGGGGUGCCUGCCGCCCGCCCAUGCACUCACCACGCGCCCGUCCCCCCUCACCCCACC